AUGUGCGACGGCACCCGAGCCCAGCACUUCCACCAGAACGCCCACUACGCUAAGAACAACCACUACCUAUGCUGCGACAAGACGAGGACCAAGUGGUACUGCAUGACCAUCGCCCAGGCUCAAGCACGGGCUAUCCAUUUCACUCUCGGCAAACCAGCCACACGCACGACCGCCCUGACCAGCCAUACGCACGACCGCCCUGGACAAGUCCGUUGUACAGCACGCCAUCUGCAAGUCGAUCCAUACAAGACACAACUCAAGGUGCACAAGUGCCCAAGCGUCAAUGACCAAGACAUGACGUUCCCCGUCAAGAUGGCACUCACGACCGCGACCGGACUUUUCCAAGGUACAGCGGCGGCAACCGUGGCCGAGAACGGACCAUUCACGGACGUGGUGGCGGCUGCCAUUCCCGUGACCGGGCCAUUUGAGUGCACGGUGGCGGCUGUUCGUGACCGGACCAUUGUUGAGACUCGACCAGGGGUGUACUUGAAGACGCCGACUUCAAAUCCGCCAACAGUUCAUGCCGAAGGAGCUCAAACGAAGCGUGCAUCAUCCCAAUUGUUACUGGGGUUGAGUCACUUGUUGGGGCCCGACCGCUGA